AUCAUGGGUUCUUCUUCUAGAAAUCUCUAUGCAGGAACUGGAGAAGGUCAAUCAACUUCUAGGGCACCACUCUUUGACGGCACCAACUAUUCUUAUUGGAAGGAACGGAUGACAAUCUAUAUCCGUUCCACCAACUUCCAAUUAUUGUUGGUCAUCAAAAACGGAGUGGAAAUCCCGAUGAAGAAAGUUGACGACAAGUUGAUCCCCAAGACCGAAGAUGAGUUUGAUGCCGAGGACAUCAAGAAGAUUGAGAAUUAUGCAAAGGCCAUCAAUAUGCUAUAUUGUGCGGUCAACCCCGAUGACUACCGGAAAAUCUCCUGCUGCACAACCGCCAAGGAGAUGUGGGACAAGCUUGAAGUGACGUACGAAGGUACUGAUCAAGUUCGUGAAGCCAAGAUCGAUUUUCUCACUCAAGAGUACGAAAUGUUCCGAAUGAAAGAAGGGGAGAAAAUCAAUGACAUGUUCGACCGGUUCUCAAAAAUCAUCAAUGACCUUCAUGCUCUCAAAAAGACUUACGCCAACAAGGAUCUCGUGAGGAAAAUCUUGCGGAGUCUCACACCCGAAUGGAGGUCAAAAGCCGAUGCAAUCUACGAGUCCAUCGGAGUCUCUAAUGUCACCAUCGACGGGCUAAGAGGUAACCUCAAAACUUAUGAAUCUACUAUUCUAACCCCGUCUUUGGAUGAACAAAAGAAGAAAGGAAUAGCGCUCAAAGCAACCAAGGAGACCGUAGAGGAGGUUUCAAGCGAUGAUGACAGCGAAUUUGGACUUGUCAUCAAGAAGUUCCACAAGUUCAUGAAGAAGGAAUUUGAGCGGAAGGGAAGGAAGCACGACGGUCCUCCCAAGUGCUACGGCUGUGGCGAGAUUGGCCACAUCAAGCCAAGGUGUCCAAAAGCGAAACACGGCAAGGAUAAGCCCGGCUUCAAGAAGCAAAGGGCUUACAUCUCUUGGGGUGGCGAUUCCGGUGACGAAUCAACCGACCAAGAGGAGGACGAAGCUGCAAAUCUCUGCCUCAUGGCGCACGAAGAUCAAAACGAUGACGUCCAAGAGAAUAGGGCAGGAGCUUCCAGCAAAUCCAAAGCCAAAUCCCAGGCACCGGCAACCAACUCCGAGGAGCGCCUCUACUAUGGCGACGGAUCGUACCUCUGGUUCGAUUCUGAGGAGGAGCGCACCCGCUUUCUCACUUUCUUCUCUAAACGGGUUGUGGCUCCCCCACGGAUCAUCCCGGAGCGCUACCCGGAGCUGCAGGGCUACGACGACCUCGACGCGCAGCUUCAUCAAGCCGGCCUUUGGCCAUUCGUCUCCCGGGCUUGGAAGGAGAUCAACCCGGCGCUGAUUCGGGUCUUCUACUCCAACCUCCGGCGUGAGGGCGACGUGCUCUACUCUCUUGUCAAGAGCACGCCGAUAGAGCUUUCCGUUGAGCAGCUUGGGCGCAUCGCCGGCCUCCCCUACCAAGGCGACGACGUCUCCCACUAUGGCGGAGAGGACUGGGUGCUCAACAACGAGGGCCUUAUCCUCAACGAGCUUGGCAUCACCGAGCUCAUCCGCCAUGCCUCGGGCCGCCCCACCAUCCACUCCGCUAACCCCGAAGGCCGUCUNGUCUCGUUCUCUACAUCGUGUCCCGGAUCAUCAAACCCCGGAAGCACGGCCACACAAUCAUGUCCGGUGACCACCACCGUUGGCCCACUCACGAAGGCCACAAAGAUUUGGGCGAUCAGCACCCAAACCUUCAAGAAGCGGUCGGACAACGCCGGACCUGCCACUGCCGCGCCACGGCGCCGUUCUGCUGAUGGCCCAGCCAAACCCCAAGCCCGGGCCAACCUUGCCUCCAUCGCCGACUCCCUCAACCGGCUUCACUUCAAAGUUGACGGGAUGGAUGGCUACCUUGAGCGGCUCGACGAGGCUGUUCAACGCCAAGGGCACGCCAUGAACGCAUACUUCCAACGCGUCAACUACGUCCCCCCACCGUACCAAGGCACGUUCCUUGGGCAAGUGUACGGUGACGAGGAUGAAGAGGAUGGCUCCUACGCCCCGUCAAACUCUCCGGACGAGGACGAGUUUGAUGACGCCGUUGACGGCGAUGAGAUGGACGUCGACGACGACGAGGAGGAAACCGAAGACGAAGACUAGGCCACACCUAGAAUUUUUAUCUCUUCUUUCUUCAAUUGUGUUGCUUUUUAUUACUUCUGUUGUACUCCGCCUUUUCCCUUUAAUAAAUAAAAUUAUCUUUUAUCUUUUUGUUAAUGUCAAAAGAGGAAAGAAAAGGGCUAUGCAUAU